AUGGAGAAUGUGGACGUUAUCGUCUCCACGUCAAGCCUAUACUUAUCCUUGGCUAACGUUGAGGUGUCUGUUUUGCUUGGUAAAGUUCGUCUGAUCCUCCCAAACGAAAGUCUGAUGGAUUCUGUCUUGUCAAAGCAAUCGGUGGUGCCAGGAAAUGUUGUAUUGGUGUUUGAAUCGAUGUCGCUGGCAUCUGCCGUUCGCAAUGAGAUUUCGUUGGAUGGAUUAGGAUACCCUCCAUUUAAUUCUAGAAUGCUUCCGCGACGACCUACUCUUCAACCGCAACGAUUUGGCCAGUCACAGCUUCGAAUUGGUAGCAGAGCUGGCAAGCUUUUUGGAUUCGUUGCAGACUUGAAAUUCAACGCAGAGAUUCCUACUUCCAAAAGCGUGCUAGAUGCAGUUGGACCAUUUGAAGCGUACAUGGGUUCUGGAGCGGGAUUUCCAGUUCGUUUCGUCAAUGUAGAUACGUUCUGGUCGCCGCUCAAUGUGACCUGCAGCAUUGAAGAGGAAUCCGUGGCUGGAACUGAAGGCAAUGACCCGGGAGUGAAAAUAACUGCAUGCAUCGCUUUGACUAAGUUGCGACUCGAUCUGCAUAAAUCAUCGUUUGACGUGUUGGUUUCGCGGGUUGUAGGAAUAAUUGGAGGGAUAAAUUCUCUUCGACGAUCUAUUGCGACACAAUCACAGGCGCAAUCGAUUUCAAUGCACUUAGAUAAAGCGCCGGAGGCAUUUGUAGGUCCUGAGUGCACAGACCAGCGAGAAGUGGCGUUUUCGUGCGAUGGAAUCGAGAUAAAUCUGUUCGAGAUGAGUAGAUCCACACAUAUUCGCGUCGGCUCCAUCAUUCUCGUGCACAAUUCGUCGACUCUGUCUGGGAGCGCUAGUAUUCAGAACCUAGCGGUGGGUCAUCGUACUAACGACAAUUCGACAUCCAAGACCGUCGCAGUAGAAGAAGUAGUCUUUGGUGUGAAUGCGGAGCCGAGUUUGUGGCAACUAGCUGUGGAGAAUUAUCCAGAGAAGUUGAUUGCUACCCGGUGGAGUUUUGGAGAUCGUUUGGAGGGAACAUUGUUUCUUGAUGUACAAGCCUAUCAGCUUCACGCAUCGCACCACUUCAUCCAAGCGUUGGUUGAUUUUUCUCGUACCGAACCGGAUUUAUCGUUUUCUGGCCAGUGGGAGCAGGCAGCUAUUAAUAAUGAGAGCGAUGUCCGCGCCCCGGAUCGCAAGCCCUUCGUUUUGCAGAAGAGAUGGAAUAUCAAACUUCUUGUCGCUCCGAGUGUAAUGUCGUACUGGAAACAAAAUGUCAACAAUGAGGGAAAGUCAGGCGUUUGGAUGAAGUCUGGUCAGCUUUUCGCGAGCGCAGCGGUUGGAAUUGAUGACAUUGGUCUGCAUUCAUUGCGCACGUAUGGUCCUGCUGUCAACGACAUCAAUCGCUUUGUCACUGUCCCCACGCUGGAAAUGCUGCUAAAUGUGGACAAAUUUGGCUUAAACACUACGUGGCAGCGUUUCUCAAAGUACAUUAGUGGGGUGUCCGAGGCUCAGCGCUUGCUGCAUGACUGUAGCGUUCGAGUCACUGGAGACCACCAUUUAAUGCUGGAGCGAGUUCCCAUUACUGGCGCCGGAGUGUGCUUACUGUACACGGACAUGGCACAAACCAACGUGCAAGCUGAGGCAAACCCGCUGUGUGUAAAACUCUCGUCGUUCUCCUUGAGAGCGAUACAGUCUCUCUUGAGCAUUGGACCAGAAAAGUUCGAUUCGCCCUCGACUGACGAUUUUAAGGAUUUGAGGCGGAUGGCGGAAGGUCGUCGACCAUUACCUGGAGAGCUGGUGCUUACGGAGACCCUGUUGAUUGAAACGAAAAGUGCUGUAUCGAGCUGUUCUCAUCCCGUUGAGGACACAAAAGUCCACACUCUGAUUGAUCCGAACAAAUACGAUAUAGAGUUAUCGGAUGUGACAGCUUUUCUCAAGGACUGCAACAAGCCAUGGGGGAUUGAAGAGCAGCAGGAAGCGAGUGGAGAACGGCCUUCUUACAAUAAUAAGACGCACAGCUGGAUGGGAAUGCGUUGGUGUUACCACAUACCACGCAAAGUUUGUAAGAUUGUGGCUGCGCCUGUGCCAAUUCCCCCUAAUGGAGUUCCAAAUGGCUGGCCUUCAUGGAACUGGAAUCAGGAUCAAGAAGAUGACACGAGUCGGCUUUGUGACAUUCUUUGCCAAUUGCGAUACUGGGAUAGUAAGAAAUCUUGCUACGUUGUUGUCUGUGAGUUUUUCGUACCGUGGGAAGAUGCGUCAGCUAAUGUGAGUACCAACAAGCUGGAUAAUGCCAACGAACCGGGGAGCUUUGGCGAGUUGAUGUUCCAAUGGUUCGACGAUGAUAUGGAGGAAACACGGUAUCGAGCGAAGAUGCGCGAGUUUGGUGCGCGAACUAGAGCUUAUACGUUUAAUAAUGAGAUGCCGUCCGACAAUUGGGAGCUGAGAUGGAGAGCUCCACUACAUAGCGAACAGGAACCCGAGAACAAACAAAAACGGCUCGUCGUGAACGCCUUGCUUGCUUCUUCAUUGCAGGUACAUUCCGUCCUGACCUGCGAUGCUUACCAGCGUGUGGUUUCGAAUGUCACGCUACCACAAGUUACUCUGUCUGUAAGCCACGUCGGUUCUGAAAACGAAUCCCACGACAUCAUUACCGCGGAGCUCAACGAUACAGAUAUCGCGUGUGCGGUUUCCGGACACCCUCACACAAGAACGCUGAUUGUACGAGUAUCUUCAGCGAUACAAGUUUAUCUGGACAAUAUGGUUCAGCUACUGACUGUAUCAGUUGUCCCACGGACCACUAUUGACGCGAUGGUCGAGGUGUCUUCGAAAGGGAUUGGGGUUUCUACACUAAUUGGUCCCGUUUCGCUGUAUCUGAACCAGACCGCGAUACUCGUAAUAUCUGCAAUUCCGAAGCUUUUGCAAGCGAAACCGAAGCAAUCCCAAGCUAUUACGGCAAGUCCAGACAAGAGAAUGUCCAGUAUGCGCAUACGGAUUGUCAACCACACUGGUGUGGAUAUUUGGUAUCGGCAAGAAGGAACUUCAGAGUGUUUGCUGCUACCUUCGGAUUCUAGCUCAGCAUAUAGCUGGCUUUCACUGGCAAGUAACCCGUUUUAUCAGCUACGCUUCGCAAUGGACGAUCCGCGCGAGAAGCUCCUUGACAAAAUGCACGCUGACGAUGUGUCAGCGGAACAGGAAGACCCGCGUUGGUGUGAUCCGUGCAGGAUUAAAGAAAAUGCUGUCACUGGGCGGUAUUUUGGUGGUCACGGCUUUGUCUGGAUUUGCGUGGAGCUAUGCGGAUUGCAAACGAUGGUCACGCUCCGCUCGUCACUGACGGUUCGUAAUUACUGCGAAUUUCGUGUGCGGAUCAAAGUAAAUAAUGACGGAGCUGAACAUGAUUGUGCGCGAUCUGAUGAUCUCUACCGAGGUGCCCCUGAGACUCGAACAAGAGUCUACCACCACCCUAGUUGUAUUUCAUUAGACGGGUCAGCGUGCACUCUUUCUGCGACUACAAGAAGAGGAGACACCAUAGCUUAUAUCAUGGCGGAGUCCGUGACAACACUUAGCUUUGGCACCGACGGUGGGUCUUGGUGCAAUGAGGACACACUAGGGAUUCUCCCUAGUGAGUUCGAUCUCGUUAAAAUGAGCGACAACGAAGCGAUAUCCGCCAAGAAAGCUCAGUGCACGUUCACAGCCCUCCACUCUAAAAGUCCCGAUGAGCAGACUCACUAUGUCUGGGCGAAAAUAGCCCGCGUGCAGUGCAAGACUGUGCUUCCUACGGACUUUGACGCUUUGCAGCCCCAUUUAUCUGGACGAUACACGUGGAUGGAAAUGUCAUUGUGGCCAGCAAUCACGGUGGAGAACAUAAUGGAUGUCCCGAUAGUGCUCAGCUUCUCACAGAAGGUAAGAUUAUAUCGUGUUUGUUGUUCCAUGGUGCAAAGCUGA